GCCUCGCGCGAGUGUAGUGUGUGCGUGCUCACCGCAUCCGGAAUCCGAGUUCCUUUGAGUAUACUUUCAAUUCCUUAAAAUAUGUAAAUAAACGCAGCGGUCAAGCGCUAUAAAUCGGCGCGGAGUGUUGACCUUCAACUCCUUCCCGCUAAUUCGGCUCGUCAUCACGAUUUUUCCACCGCGAUAAAAAAUCGCGUAUUAUUAACCGACGUGAGCGAUAUGUCGGAGGUACGCAAGAGAACGAUCGGCGAUGCAUCGGCAACGACGCGGGACGUUAGCGACGAUCAGAAAGAGGAUAUUGAAUCCGAAGAUGAUGCAAAAUUGGAGGUAGAAGAGUUAGGAAAAACUUUGCCUCAAGGAACUGAUCAUACUCCACAUAUUUUAAGUUCUGUUCUUUCUGGUCUUCCAGAUCGUUGGCGAAAUUGGAUAAUUAGAACUAUUUUCACUUGGUUUAUGAUAGCUGGAUUUUGUCUUAUUAUUUAUGGAGGUCCAUUAGCAUUGAUGGUUACAACGUUGAUUGUGCAAGUGAAAUGCUUUGAAGAAAUUAUUAAUAUUGGGUACGCUGUAUAUAGAAUUCAUGGUCUACCAUGGUUCAGAUCCUUAUCGUGGUAUUUUUUGAUAACUUCCAAUUACUUCUUUUAUGGAGAAAAUUUAAUGGACUAUUUUGCAGUGGUGAUUAAUCGAACUGGAUAUCUGCGCGUACUUGUUACAUACCAUCGAUUUGUUUCAUUCUGUCUUUACAUUGUUGGUUUUGUAUGGUUUGUACUCUCACUUGUGAAAAAAUAUUAUAUGAAGCAAUUCUCUCUAUUUGCUUGGACACAUGUUGCAUUACUUAUUGUUGUGACACAGAGCUAUCUUAUUAUCCAAAAUAUAUUUGAAGGAUUGAUAUGGUUCAUUGUCCCUGUUAGUAUGAUUGUGAUAAAUGAUGUAAUGGCAUAUAUGUUUGGUUUCUUUUUCGGACGAACACCAUUAAUAAAAUUAUCUCCAAAAAAAACUUGGGAGGGCUUCAUUGGUGGUGGUAUCUCGACUGUCAUAUUUGGAUUAAUGAUGUCUUAUGUCAUGUGCCAGUAUCGCUAUUUUGUUUGUCCUAUUGAAUAUAGUGAAACUUUAGGAAGAAUGACUAUGGAUUGCGAACCAUCAAGUUUAUUCCAACCACAAGAGUAUACAUUGCCAAACAGUCUUCAAGUGAUAUCAAGAAUGUUCAAUGGAAAGUCCACUUUGACGUUAUAUCCAUUUAUUCUGCAUUCAUUAUCAAUGUCAGUAUUCAGCUCUGUAAUUGGGCCAUUUGGAGGAUUCUUUGCUAGUGGAUUUAAACGGGCGUUCAAAAUUAAGGAUUUCGGUGAUGUAAUUCCUGGUCAUGGUGGAAUAAUGGACAGAUUUGAUUGUCAGUAUUUAAUGGCAACAUUCGUGAACGUCUAUAUUUCUUCAUUUAUUCAUACUGCAUCACCUCAGAAGUUAUUGCAGCAGGUUUAUAGUUUGAAACCAGAGCAACAGCUGCAACUUUUCCAAACACUAAAAGAUUCAUUGGCGAAUAGGGGUAUGCUAACUAAUUAAUAUUUUAAGUUAAAAAUGUAUUUAAUGGCAAAACUGCUGCAGGGAUUAUUUUUAUCUAUCAAAAAUGUUAGAAAAGAUUCUCCAACAUCUUCUCUAAUAUUUAAGAAAACGUUAUAUGCAAUGACAAUGCAAACACAGUAUCAGAUAAUUACAAUAAUUUGUUAAACUAUAAUAAUUAAAGUUUAUUUUGUAAUUAUAGAUAAAUAAGAAUUAUAUAUCACAAUAUGAUAGACCUGUCUAAUUGAAAUCAAUAUGGCCGGAGAUGAGAGUUAAUAUAUUUCUCCCUUAUCUCAUUUUUUAUCAAAAAUGAAGUUGAUGCAUUUUGAUAUAUUAAAAAAGAAGCAUUUUUUCUAUUAUAUUUGAUCUUCCUUGGAAUUUAAUAUUAUUAAGAGCCGUUUGUUUAUAAUAGAACAUGAGAUGCACGAAUACUGAAAUAAGUUAAAAUUGUACGGUGUGUAAACUUCUGUGAUUAACUCUGACCUGAUAGUAAUCAGUCGGAUAGGUUUAUCAUAAUAUUAAUUGUACUUUUCGUGCAUUCCACAGAUAAUCAAAUUUUUGUCAAAUGCAGUGGUUUAUAUUAAACUAUGGCAUUGUUGGAAAUAUGACUAAUAUUUUUAUCUAAAAAUUGAACCAAAGAAAA